ACCUGUAGUCUGAACAGUAACCUGGAGAACACAGUUACGGUCCCUCUUACUCUCUAGUAUAGCUCCGUUACAGGGUCAAGGAUACUUUACUAUCCAUGUUAUCCUAGAACAAAAGGUGGUGAAUCUGUUUCCUUCCUAUCACGAUGCCGGCUACCGACAGACGGAAUCGCUCGGAAGAUGCCAUUCCUGAUCUCGCAUGCACCCGCUGCCGUGAGCGGAAGAUCCGCUGUGGUAGGGAGCGCCCUCAAUGCAGCAAUUGCGAACGGGACUCUGGCAUCACCUGCGUCUAUCAGAAUCCUGUGUGACGGCGUCGAUCAGCUUCAGAGCCGUUUGACUUCUAUUGAAUUGCAACUGAGGCGGCUUUCGAGUGCCAUGGCUCGGAACUUGGACUUCGACGAUGAUGAAUGUAUGGGAAUGCAAGCUUCUUCAGGCAGGUCAGAUGAAGACGGAAGCUACGUGCAGGAAGAAGAAGAAGGAAUACAAGCGGAAAGUCCGGGCUCGCUGACAGACGACAUGACCUACUCCCAUAUCUUCCACAGCGAUGCGGAUAUGAUUGAUCGCUAUCACGGAAUCUCUUCUCCCUUCGCCCUUUGCAAUCGUCUCCAGUUACGGACAUUGGCGUUAUCUGAUCCAAUUGAACCCUAUGCUCUUCAAGAGCUGCUAAGAGAGCUAUGUGAAACCGCUGGUAGAGCAGAACCUUUUCCAUCUUACAAUGAUCAAUUUCCAAUUCAGCUACCGCCCAAACAACAGGCUCUCGCGGCCGUUACAUAUUUUUUCAAGCAUAUCGACUGUGCAACAGAUAUCUUCGUGGAACAAAAUCUGCUUGCUACUCUUGAACGAGUCUAUUCUCAGCCGCCUGAGCCAGGAGACGACACGUGGGCGGUAUGCCUCAAGGCUCUCAUAUUGCUUGUACUUGGUGUGGAGAUUUCAACACAGGCAGAUAGUGCACUGUUUGGCGACUUUGCUUGUUCCAUGCUUCCCAGUCGUGCUGCACUGGUCAGCUCCAGGUUAUUGAAUACGCCGCGACUGAUCAAUGUGCAGACACUUAUACUUCUCAGCGUUGCAGCACAACAAUUCGAUCCACCUGGAUGGUCAGAGCUCCUUUUUAUUCAUGCAUGUAUGCUGGCUAGGACCAUGGGGUUACACAAGUCUGGAAUUCUGUCUUCAGGUACAAGCCCAAAUGAUGACGCGGCUGAACGAGCCAAAGUCCUUCAAUCAUUGUACAUUAGGGAUAAGAGCCUAUGCAUCACUCGAGGAUCCGUGUCUUGGCUGCCCAGCUACGACUGCAACAUUACUACCCAACUGAAACUCGUAGUAGAGCGCCAAGCCUCCUUUUCAAGCCGGAUUCGAUUGGCAAUGAUCCAGGAUGAGCUUUACCACAUGACCUGUGCAGCCUCAGGGUCCCGAAGAGACUCACACCCGAGGAUAUCACAGCCAGCAACCCCUAAGUCUAUCAGACAACAGCUGGACCAACUUGCAAGCGAUUGUAGUAUACUCAGUGGCCUGAGUCCGUCCUAUCUACCUCGCGAUAUCUUCAUUGCGAUGGAGUUCCUCAGCACCCGCAUCGUGGCCCUGAAACUCGAUCCGGAAACACGGCAUACAAGCGGAAGACUUUUUGCGGAUGCCAGAGCUAGUUGCUUUUUGUUGUUACUUGCACAUGGAGAUCGUAAUUCUUCAGUGAUUGAUGCCUACCACUCUUCUACCGGCACCGAUGUCUCGUCCAUCCGAAAUGGCACUUCUCCAACUAGCGAACCAAACACCAAAUCUUUCACAGCUUUGCUCGACGUUUUCUCAGUUCCAGCAUUUUUUGUUCUUUUUGAGAGUCUUGUUUUUCAAGAAACUGAAAGGGAUGGUGGUGGAGAGUCGGGUGCGGACUGGGAUCUGUUACGCAAAGUCUCGUCCUGUUACACCAAGGGCAGCUCACAUCUGCCACCGCAGGGCUACCAUAGCCGAGUGGCAAGGAUUUUGAAUCAAUUGAUUGAUAAUGCUCACUUGUUUCAACGAAGCCCGUCAAACUCAUAUUCGUCGGGGUCCUCGUUGGAAGUUGCAGCUGAGUCAACACAGUCACACUCAUCGUCAAAUCAACAACUACCUCCAGAGCCUGAGGCGACCAUCAUUCCUUCCGUACCGUCGUCAAUUCUGAAUGGACACAUGUCCGACUUAUCUCACGUAGUAGCAUCACAUACAUCAUCGAGUUGUGGACCGUUUACAUGGGAGAGCUUGUUAUCUGUGCCGACAACAUUAGAUCCGCCUACGACUCUGGAUGCGCAGAGCAUAAUUCAUCCUUCUGGGACAGGUUCAUCGACUGACCUUCUCACUCAGUUACUAGAUGUGUCUCAACCUCAUUCAGAGCCCAUAUUGGAAUCUAUACAGUGGCACUCUUUACCUCCAGAUCAGCCCCGUGCAAAGAAGCGUUUGAGGACAAGCGACGAUUAG